CGCUCGGAUAAACGAUAACAAACAAUAUAUACCGUCAAAAAUUUGGAAGAAUGAAAGAUGUUACUUAUCUUGGAUAAAAUUACGGGAAAAAUUGCGAGGAAGUGACAGUAUCGAAGUAUGAAUUCGGAAUUUCACGUCGAUGAAAAUUUCGAAUUGAAAAUUCAUGAGUUUCCUUUGAGUUAUAUCCAGCAAAUAUCAUAUCCAAUUUUUCGGUAAAAAUUAUUCAUCCAAUCAUUCAUCGUGGAUAAAUUCGAUCCUAAAAAAAAAUCAUGAGUACCACGAAACCGACCAGCUGCAAAGAGGCGAUUCGAAUGUGGGAGGAAGAGAAUAAACAAGAUGCUUCGACCGCGAAGGAAAUGAUCCUUAGCUUUCGAUGGCCGCCCAUAGAAAAAAUGGACAAUUCUUUGGCGGUUUUGGUCAAUUGUGAAAAGCUCUCCCUCUCGACGAAUAUGAUCGAAAAGAUUGCGGGAAUCGGAACGUUGAAAAACCUGAAGAUCCUCGCGUUAGGCCGUAACCUGAUCAAAUCGUUCGCCGGAUUGGAGCCAUUGGGCGACACUCUGGAGGAACUUUGGAUUUCGUACAACCUGAUCGAGAAAAUGAAGGGAAUCAACGCGAUGAAAAAUUUGCGCGUUCUCUACAUGUCGAAUAACCUGGUCAAAGAUUGGCACGAGUUCAAUAGACUUCAGGAACUCACGAAUCUUCGUGAUUUACUUUUCGUAGGAAAUCCAUUGUACGAGAAUCUCGAGGUUGAAAUCUGGAAAUCGGAAGUAGCUAAACGUCUGCCAAUGUUAGAAAAAUUAGACGGUGAAUUGAUCAUAAGAACAGAGGAAAGCGAGACUUUGUUGCAACUUGACAGUCCUGUGCAAAUAUGA